GAUGGUAUGUGUGAUCUGUAUUUAUAUAUUGGACGGGAAUAUUGAUUUAGCUAGUUAUUCUUGACACUAUGUUAAGACUAGUCUGCUCUAACUGAAGAAGCCUCCACUAAUGGCUGUUUGGUAAAGAGUUUAAUGAGGACUGGUGCUUUUAAACCUUUAUUACACAUGCAUCGUGGUUAGUCUCUUUCUCUCUUUAAGAUUUGUAUAAGAACCUAGAUAAUAUUUUUAAAAUUAAAUUUAGAUAUUUAAAAGAUGUAACUGCAAAUGUUUUUAUGUGAUAACCUUAAUGGUUCAUGUUUUAUUAGGAUACCAGUAUCAGAUUUGACUGUCCUGAACUUCUUCCAUCAGAUGGAUUUGAAAAACAGUCUUGAAUCUGAUUUUUUUCUAUACUUCUACAGAUUAAAACAAGCUGAGGUUCAGAUGUAUGCUUGAUUUGUGAUGUGUUUUUACCAAUGUCUUAAACUGCUUAGAUUUGUGCUUAUGAAGUUCUAUAAGGUAAAAUAAAUACAAUUACCUCAUUACAAGAUAAUCCUAGGGUUCACUUUUACACUCAGUGGAUGCUAUACUCUAUGUGCUUUGUUUUUACAGUCUGAAGUGACAGUUUGAGGUGGGCCGUAUAGACAUUUUAAAAGGAUUACAAGCAAACUGUCUUCUGGCCCGUGACUUUUCUGGUUUCUCUUCUUGUUCCCUGUUUGGCCUGGUGCUACAUGUCCUCUUGCUGAGACAUAGAAAGCGCUGCAUGUGGCCCUGUACAGACGAUUUGCAUGGUGCUGCGUGUAUGAGGCAUGUGUGCGCUGGUGAGAGAGAGGGAGUGAGCGAGUGUCUUCAAAAUGGAUGCCAUACUCUGCUGAGGGAAUAGCGAGGGAGAGAAUGUGAUCCUCUCCCUGCCCGGUUUGUAGCGCUGGAUUCUACAUGAAUGCACAGCCGCUUUAUUUCAGCAUGAGAAUUUAAGGGAUCUCGCAGGUCGGGACUCUCCAGUGUUUUUGUGGUUAAAGCAGGGAUCAGUGCUCUCUGCAUUGCAGCACUAUGGUUGAGAAAAGCGGGGAGAAGAAAGCCUGUGCUGCACACCAAGCUGAGCACCCAAUCAGGUACCUCCAUGUGGUGCCCAAGCCAAUCGGCAGCUUGCAGAUGAGGUUAAAGAUUGACAAUUGCAGGAGAGAACAGCAAGGAGAGAAGGCCUUCUGGGAAACCUGGACCCUUUUUUUUUUUUUACCUCAUCCCCAACAUCCAAUAAUUGAUAAAGAUACAAGAAUAGACGGACAAAUCUGUUAGUGGAAAAGUUGUGCUGUCUCUGUCACUCCAUCCCUCAGUGCUGACAGAUGUGACUGACGGAUGUGAGGAAUUACUACACCAGGUGUUUAAAUUGUGUCAGAUCAGGAAGGAAAAACAGAAAAACAAACUGUAACAGAAGAAAUGGAGAUUUCAACGAGAUCCAAAGAUACUGGGUCAUCAGAACGGAUGUCUCAAAAACGAAAGAUACCCAGUCCCUCUCACUCUUCCAACGGUCAUUCAUCUGCUGAUACCUCACCGUCCCCAGUAAAAAAGAAGAAAAAGCCAGGCGCUGUCAGCAGUAAAGAUCAGUCAGAACUAAGACAUGGUCCAUUUUACUAUGCGAAGCAGCCAGCACUCACCACAGACCCUGUUGAUGUUGUACCGCAGGACGGCAGGAAUGACUUUUACUGCUGGCUGUGCCACCGAGAGGGCCAGGUGCUCUGCUGUGAGCUCUGCCCCAGGGUGUACCACGCCAAGUGUCUCAAACUACCAUCAGAGCCUGAAGGCGAUUGGUUCUGUCCAGAAUGUGAGAAAAUAACAGUUGCUGAGUGUAUUGAGACUCAGAGCAAGGCUAUGAUGAUGUUAACCAUAGAUCAGCUGUCUUAUCUGCUCAAGUUUGCCCUGCAGAAGAUGAAACAGCCAGGUGAUCAUCCCCGCUUGUCAUCUCGCCCCCCACAUGCCGCUUCCACGCAGAGAAAGACUUUUAAUUGGACUGAGCCCUUUCAAAAGCCCGUGUCUCUUGAACAGCAUCCUGAUUAUGCAGAGUACAUUUUUCAUCCUAUGGACCUUUGCACACUUGAGAAGAAUAUCAAAAAGAAAAUGUAUGGCUGCACAGAAGCCUUUUUAGCGGAUGUCAAAUGGAUUUUGCACAACUGUAUUAUAUAUAAUGGAGGCAAUCACAAGCUCACAGCUACAGCAAAAGUAAUUGUAAAGAUAUGUGAACAUGAGAUGAAUGAAAUUGAAGUCUGUCCUGAGUGUUACCUGUCUGCUUGCCAAAAGAGGGACAACUGGUUCUGUGAGCCUUGUAGCAACCCACACCCUCUAGUGUGGGCCAAACUGAAAGGAUUUCCAUUUUGGCCUGCUAAAGCGCUGCGGGACAAAGAUGGACAGGUGGAUGCUCGCUUCUUUGGUCAGCAUGACAGGGCUUGGGUUCCUUUAAACAACUGCUACCUCAUGUCUAAAGAGAUCCCCUUCUCUGUGAAGAAGACUAAAAGCAUCUUCAACAGUGCCAUGCAGGAGAUGGAGGUCUAUGUAGAGAACAUGAGAAAGAAGUUCGGAGUCUUCAACUACGCCCCUUUUCGGACAUCGUAUACUCCCGAUAAUAACUUCCAAAUGCUUCUUGACCCAUCCAAUCCUUCAUCGAAUUCCAUCAAACCAGAAAAACAGGAGAAGAUAAAGCUGACCUUUGACAUGACAGUAUCACCCAAGAUCUCAUUGACUCGGACUGUGUUGACUGGAGCUGUGGGGGCGGGGAACACAGCAGGGCGCCAGGCACCCGCCAGUGACGCGCCUUGCUCCCCCAUGAGCACCAACUCCUCUGCCCAUACGGGCUCUGACGGCGAACAGGAAGCAGCAGAGAAGUCUCAGGCAAAAGCAACAACCGGCCAGGGCAGCACAGAGGAGGAGUCCAUGGACUGCACGGGCAACUCUCUGGACAGCCCUAAAUCAGUGAACUCCCAAGCUCCUGGCAUCACGAAGCAGGAGAAGCCACCACAGACAGGAAGCAUUCUGAACCUUAACCUAGAUCGAAGUAAAGCAGAAAUGGAUCUGAAGGAGCUCAGUGAAACGGUCCAGCAGAAGCAAGGGGCAACAGUCACUCUCACCUCGCCCAAAAGACAAAUUAAAAGCCGCUUCCAGCUCAAUUUAGAUAAAACUAUAGAGAGCUGCAAGGCUCAGCUGGGAAUUGACGAGAUUUCUGUAGAUGCCUACAAAGGAGUUGAGCAUAGUGAUUCAGAAGACUCUGAUAAAUCAGAGUCUACUGAAAGUGAUUACGCCAGCGAUGAGGAGCAAAAGACGAAGGCUGACCAAGACUCGGCAAACGAUAAGGAGCCCCAGAAAGAGCAGACUAAAGCUAAAGUAAAGGACAAGCCUUCUGAAAAUCAAGAGCAGGAGAAAACUGAUUCGCUUGUGUCAAAUGAACCUGCAGGGGAGGAUUCCAAUGCAUUAACUUCUGAAGCUCCGACCAACAAGAAAACAAGUUCUCAUUCCAAAAAAGAGAACCAAGAAAAGGCCAAAGUAGCACAGGAGUUGCCUGUUCCCAAAGAGAAGUCUCAGGUGCAACAUGAGACAAAUCAUGCUGUACGGGGGGAGGACUCUGACUCAGAAAGGGAGCUUGUUAUUGACCUUGGAGAGGAGCAGGGGGGCAAGGAGAGGAAGAGACGCAAAAAAGACAACACCAAUAAUAAAGAGUCGGUUAAAACCGAAGGUAAAGUUGUAAAUUCUUUAGCACAGCCAUCUCAGAACAGCCCAGCUCCUUCUACACCCUCCACUACAUCCACCCAAUCCCCUAUGGCCAUCUCUGUCACCAUGGUCUCCUUUACUGCUCCCUCCCCAGCAACAAUUAGCCUAGCGCCCAUGUCCAGCGCCAGCACAACAACGUCGUUGUCCUCCUCCUCACCCUCCACCACGCCAGCUUUGAAGAAGCAGCGCCCUCUGCUGCCCAGAGAGACGGUUCCAGUGGUUCAGAGGGCAGUGGUGUGGAAUCCCACAACAAAGUUUCAGACCUCCUCACAGAAGUGGCACAUGCAGAAGGUGCAGAAUCAGCAGCAAAACCAACAGCCUGCUGCAGCAACACCCAUGCAAGCAUCGUCCCCGAGACAAGGCCAGGCUCAAGCGCAGCAAGCAGCUGGAAAUAGCUCCACUGCCGUCCCUUCAUCGUCAGCACAGCAGUCCUCACAAAGCACACGUUAUCACACCAGACAGGCAGUUAAGGCUGUUCAACAAAAAGACACUCCACUCGGCACCUCCUCUUCAGCUGUCACCCUGGUGUCCAGCAGUCCAGCAUCGGUUGCCAUGAUGGCCACAUCAAGUUUAGGCACAUCUGCAACACCGUCACUGACGACAGACCUGUACGUCCCCACCGCCUCAGCAGAUGUGGCUGCAGACAUCGCCAAGUACACAAAUAAAAUAAUGGACGCAAUCAAAGGAACAAUGACCGAACUCUACAGUGAUCUCUCUAAGAAUACUUCAGGGAACACAAUAGCAGAAAUAAAACGGUUGAGGAUUGAAAUUGAAAAAUUACAAUGGUUGCAUCAGCAAGAGCUGUCAGAAAUGAAGCACAAUCUUGAGCUGACAAUGGCAGAGAUGAGGCAGAGUCUUGAGCAGGAACGUGAGAGGUUGGUGACCGAGGUGAAGAAACAGAUGGAGGUAGAGAAGCAGCAAGCUGUGGAUGAGACGAAAAAGAAGCAGUGGUGCGCCAACUGCAGGAAGGAGGCCAUCUUCUACUGCUGCUGGAACACCAGCUACUGUGAUUAUCCCUGCCAGCAAGCCCACUGGCCAGAACACAUGAAGUCUUGCACUCAGUCAGCAACUGCCCCACAGCAAGAACCUGAGACUGAGGGUUCGACAGACCCCCCAAACAAAGGUUUAGGACAGUCUAGUGCCUCAAACCCUCUAAGAGAUACACCUGUCUCUGGAUCAUUGGACAAGGACUGUGACUUGGAGAAAAGCACUGACAGUAUUGCUGUAACUUUGUCAUAGUACACUUUAAUAUGUAAACCUACAUAUUCAUUUUUUACAUUUAUUUAUAUUUACAUUUUGGAGUUAUUGUGAAUUGUUUUGUCAGGCCUGUUUAUAUUUCUUAUUGUACAAUAAUUUGUAUGCAUCAUUUUCUUCUGCAUUGUGACUUUGCAUUCUGUUCCCAAUGUACAGUAUUAAUAAAAAUGCCUGACAUCAGGCAGUAAAAAAAAAACUUCUAGGGAGCAUUAUGUACACAGAGAUCAAUUAGCAGGAAGAAUGUAAGCAUGCAUGGAUGUCAAAUACACUAACACAGUUCUAUAAAAGUUAUCAAACUAUCAAAAUGUUAAUGGACCAACUGAAAUGUAGGUUAGAGGACAUUUAAUGGAAAUAUCUGUAAAUCACUUAUUUUGUAUUUUUUGUUAAUGUAUUUGUUCUUGUAUUGUUGCCUGAUAUUUACUGAAAAGAAAUUAUAAAUACAUUUCAAACAUUA